AUGGCUCUUUUUGGGUUUUUCUUGGUGGGUUUUCUUUCAUUGGUCUCACUUGUUCAUGGGUAUGUCGGUGGAGGGUGGAUUGCUGCUCAUGCCACCUUCUAUGGAGGUGGUGAUGCCUCUGGAACAAUGGGAGGUGCUUGUGGGUAUGGAAAUUUGUACAGCCAGGGCUAUGGAACAAACACAGCAGCACUGAGCACAGCUCUGUUCAACAAUGGGUUAAGCUGUGGGUCCUGCUAUGAGAUUAGGUGUGUGAGUGACCCCAAAUGGUGCCUGCCUGGUUCCAUUGUGGUCACAGCCACUAAUUUCUGCCCACCAAACAAUGCUGGGGGCUGGUGCAACCCUCCCCAACACCACUUUGAUCUCUCCCAGCCUGUCUUCCAACACAUUGCCCAAUUUAGGGCUGGUAUUGUCCCUGUGGCUUAUAGAAGGGUACCCUGCAGGAGGAGGGGAGGCAUAAGGUUCACCAUCAAUGGUCACUCCUACUUCAAUUUGGUACUCAUAACCAAUGUUGGUGGUGCUGGUGAUGUCCAUGCUGUGUUCAUCAAAGGGUCAAGGACUGGUUGGAAGCCAAUGUCAAGGAACUGGGGCCAGAACUGGCAGAGCAAUGCCUAUCUCAAUGGUCAGACCCUCUCGUUUAAGGUCACCACCAGUGAUGGUCACAGUGUGGUGUCCUACAAUGUUGCCCCACCUAGUUGGUCCUUUGGCCAGACCUUUACCGGAAGACAGCUUCACUAGAGGACUCACAGAAAUUAUUACAUUGUCCUCGACAAAUAUUCUCGAGCCAAUUAACACUUGACACAUUAACAAAUGAGUCACAAUGGUUGUUGGCCGAGGCUAUUGGUCCUGGAACAUGUAAUAUUUUCUCGUUUAUUUCUCACCUAUGCUUAUAUACUUGGGUAUAGUUUAGUAUGGUUUGUGUAUGACACUAAUAUGGUCACUAGUAUUAGUAAUAUGGCCAUUAUUAGUAAUAGUAUGUGGUGUUGUGUCGUGUGUGUCAAAAUGAGAAAGGGUUUUUAUAUUUUGAGAUGACCCUUGAUCAUUUUCAGUUGAUUGUGGGGUACCCUACAGAUGGGAUCCCUCAAUCUUGAGGGCUGUUUUUCCAUGUUGUGUUGUAAGGCAGAGCAAGAUGGCGGUGGUGGACUCUUUUCCAACCCGCCAAAUAGUAAGUUGUUAUUUUGCUUCAAUCACAGCCUUUUUAGGGUUGUAAGGUCAUCAUGAUCAGCUUCUCCUGAUGGGUGUGGGUGUCUGUUUGAAUUGUA